CCAGGGGGCCGGGCCGGGCCGGGGCGGAGCGGGGCGGCGGCGGCAUGGCGGGACUGCGGGCCGGGCCCGGGGCCGGAGCGCUGCUGGCGCUGCUGGCCUUGCGGGCGCUCGGGGCGGCGGCGCACCCGCAGUGCCUGGACUUCAGGCCGCCCUUCCGGCCGCCGCAGCCGCUGAGCUUCUGCGCGCAGUACUCGGCCUUCGGCUGCUGCGCGCCCGAGCGGGACGCCGCGCUGGGCCGCCGCUUCUGGGCCCUGGCGGCGCGCGUGGACGCGGGCGUGUGGGCCGAGUGCGCGGGCUACGCGCUUGACCUGCUGUGCCAGGAAUGCUCGCCCUACGCAGCCCACCUCUAUGACGCCGAGGACCCGUCCACGCCCCUGCGCACCCUGCCAGGGCUCUGCGAGGACUACUGCCUGGACAUGUGGCAGACCUGCCGGGGCCUGUUCCGCCACCUGUCGCCCGACCGCAAGCUCUGGGCCCUGGAGGGCGACCGCGCCAAGUUCUGCCGCUACCUGUCCCUGGACGACACGGACUACUGCUUCCCUCGCCUGCUGGUCAACGAGAACCUCAACUCGAACCUGGGCCGCGUGGUGGCCGACGCCAAGGGCUGCCUGCAGCUGUGCCUGGAGGAGGUGGCCAACGGGCUGCGCAACCCCGUGGCCAUGGUCCACGCCCAGGACGGCACCCACCGCUUCUUCGUGGCCGAGCAGGUGGGGCUGGUGUGGGCCUACCUGCCCGACCGCUCCCGGGUGGAGAAACCCUUCCUGAACAUCAGCCGGGCGGUGCUCACCUCGCCCUGGGAGGGCGACGAGCGGGGCUUCCUGGGCAUGGCCUUCCACCCCCGCUUCUGGCACAACGGCAGGCUCUACGUCUACUACUCGGUGGGGGUUGACUUCCACGAGUGGAUCCGCAUCAGCGAGUUCAGGGUCGCGGAGAACGACACGAACGCCGUGGACCACAGCUCUGAGAGGAUAAUCCUGGAGAUUGAAGAACCAGCGGCGAACCACAACGGGGGCCAGCUGCUCUUUGGGGACGAUGGGUACCUCUACAUCUUCACCGGAGAUGGCGGGAUGGCCGGAGACCCCUUUGGGAAGUUUGGAAAUGCCCAAAACAAGUCGGCGCUGCUGGGCAAGGUGCUGCGCAUCCACGUGGACGGCACCGAGCGCGGCCCGCCCUACCGCAUCCCGCCCGACAACCCGUUCGUGGGCGACCCCGCCGCGCGGCCCGAGGUCUACGCCCUGGGGGUGCGCAACAUGUGGCGCUGCUCCUUCGACCGCGGCGACCCGGAGUCGGGCGCGGGCCGCGGGCGCCUCUUCUGCGGCGACGUGGGUCAGAACAAGUUCGAGGAGGUGGACCUGGUGGAGCGCGGCCGCAACUACGGCUGGCGCGCGCGCGAGGGCUUCGAGUGCUACGACCUCAAGCUGUGCGCCAACGCCUCCCUGGAUGAUGUGCUGCCCAUAUUCGCCUACCCACACAAGCUGGGCAAGUCGGUCACCGGAGGCUACGUGUACCGGGGCUGCGAGUACCCCAACCUGAAUGGCCUCUACAUUUUCGGCGAUUUCAUGAGUGGGCGCCUGAUGUCCCUCCGAGAGAGCCCGGGGCCGGGCCAGUGGCAGUACAGCGAGCUCUGCAUGGGCCGCGGCCAGACCUGCGAGUUCCCGGGCCUCAUCAACAACUACUACCCACACAUCAUCUCCUUCGCGGAGGACGAGGCCGGGGAGCUGUACUUCAUGUCCACGGGCGUGCCGAGUGCCACAGCAGCUCGUGGGGUCAUCUACAAGAUCAUCGACCCCUCCAGACGGGCACCCCCCGGCAAGUGUCAGAUCCAGCCCGCCCAGGUGACGGUGAGGAGCCGCCUCAUCCGCUUUGUGCCCAAAGAAAAGUUCAUCCGGAGGGCCGAGAGCACCCCGCCGCCCACGAAGGUGCCCAGCCGCCGCCGCCCCACAGCCCCUCCCCCCGGGCCCACCCCGCGCCCAGCGAGGCCCACCCCACGCCCAGCGAGGCCCACUCCGCGCCCAGCAAGGCCCACCCCGAGCCCAGCAAGGCCCACUCCGCGCCCAGCAAGGCCCACCCCGAGCCCAGCAAGGCCCACUCGGCGGCCUGGCGGCCGGAGGGUCAGCGGCCGGCGGCGGGGCCAGCCUGGCACCGAGAACUCCGCGCCCUUGAAUGGGGCCGUGCGCCUGGUGCGGCCUGCGGGCCUGAGCCCCGGCCGCGGGCGUGUGGAGGUGUUUGCAGGCGGGCGUUGGGGCACGGUGUGCGACGACGGCUGGGACAUAAAGGCCGCCGCCGUGGUGUGCCGCCAGCUGGGCUUUGCCCACGCCGUGCGGGCCACCAAGGGCGCGGAGUUCGGGGAGGGCCGCGCGCUGCCCAUCCUGCUGGACGACGUGCGCUGCGCGGGCGACGAGAAGACCCUGCUGGAGUGCAGGCACAGGGGCCUGGGCACGCACAACUGCCGACACGAGGAGGACGCGGGCGUCAUAUGCAGCCAUGAGGACCCCGACCGUGGGCGAGGGUAGGGGUCCGGCCCGGCUGUCCUGCCUCGGGUCGGAGCCUGGCAGGGCCCUCCACCCGUGUGUGCCUGGGGCGUGCGCCGGAGGGAGGGUGGAGGUGGCCAUGGGUGUCGUGUAGAGGGUGGCGCAUCUGAAUGCGGCCCUCACUGAGGUGUGCACGGUGUUCUCUGUGUGUCCCUGCUCACGUGUCCCGUGUGUGCGGGGCCCGGGGCCCUGCAGGGUUGGUCCUGGUCUUUUCUUACCUCCGAGCAGCGGCAUGAACACCGUCUGGCCUGGGGACCCUGAGCACUGAGGGCAGCCACCCUUUAAGGACAGACAUGGCCCCUGGCUGUGUUAACAGAGGCCCAGCUGGUGGACCGGGGGAGGGGACCAGGCCUGCCCUGCCAGGGCUGGAGCAGAAGGCCCCAGAGCAGCUGAGGAAUGUGUGGCUGAGGAGUGUGGCCCCGCAGUUAGAGGCGCUGCAGAGAGCGGGAAGGCAUCGUGGCUGCCCCCGUGAGGGUUAGGCUGCCUGGGAGGAAGCAGUGCCUCCGGAGGGCGGGCUGGCUGGGGGGGACUGGGUGACCCUGGGGCAGUGGUCGGCAAACUCAUUAGUCAACAGAGCCCAAUAUCAACAGUACAACGAUUGAAAUUUCUUUUGAGAGCUAAAUUUUUUAAAC